CAAAAUCUCACUAAAAUAAUCAGAAACUAACGCAAAAUGAUGGAUACAUCACUGGAAUCAGGAGAAUUGGGACCCGACAGUCCAACGAACACUUCCGUGAGCUCAUUGGAAGAAGGCGAAAUCCGUGAUUCGGUUUAUGAAAAAGUAACGAGAUUCGAAACGGUCAAGGAACGACUGCUGAAAAAGUUGAAUUUUUCCAUUUUGUCCUCGGAAAAUGUGGAUAUUUUGAAUAUUUCAAAAGUAAGCAGCAAUGCAAAGGUGCUUGAUUAUUUGGAUAAGCAAGAAGAUGUCAUGGAUUUUGAUGAGGAGGCUGAUGAAAGCAACGCAUCGUUGAGCCAAACAGUUGUUCAUGUAACACCGAAAGUUGCUCGAAAACCACUUGGAAAUGUUGAUUCCGGCAAAAAGUCGCAAGGAGCUCGAUUGGAAUUUAGUCAACCGAUGCCUUUUGUCCAAAAAUGCCAGAUUAGUGAAAGAGUAACAAAAAGUUUGACACCGGAAAAGGCAAAGAGCAAUAAAAAUUCAUCAAAAUUAGUUAAUGAAGAGCUUGUUGCUGACAUUCCAUCGGAAAAAAUCGUCUCAAAUCAAGGCAAAUUAGACCGUACUUUGUCGCAAAUUGCUCCAGAAUUCACAUCUACUCCAGAAAUAAGCCGAAAAAUUAUCAAAAAACGAAAAAUAGAAACCGAAAGCGUUGAAUCAGGAUUCAUUGAAAGUAAAUCUAUUGCAACUCAGUCAGAAUUAUUGAGUGAACCGCCAAUUUCAGUCCAAACUUCACAAUCUAAGACAAGUUCUGAUGAAAAAAUACCAGAAAAUCAAACAAAUGAAGUAAACCAAGAGCUUAUCGAGACAGUUGCCGACAUUCCAUCAAGUAAUCCGGAAACCAUUGUUUCAAAUUCCAUUCCAAGUCAAGUGAAUUCCGAUGCUACUUUGUCACAAACUGCUCCGGAAAUCAAUUUUUAUCUCGAACUCGGUCAUGAAAUCACAAAGAAACGAAAAAUUGAACAGGAAUAUGUUGAAUCGGGAUUUGUUGGAAGCAAAUCUCAGUCGGAAAUGUUCAGUGAACCUGUGAUUUUGAUACAAAUCCCGCAUUCUGACGACAUAACAAACGAUGAAACCUUCAAAGAGCUCGUAGAACAAUCAUCAAGUAAUCCGGAAUCCAUUGAAUCAACUUCAAGCUCGAAACUUACUUUGUCACAGAUUGUUGCAGAAUUAUUUUCCACUCCAGAAAUUGGUCAGGAAAUAGAAAUAGAGACAGAAAAUGUUGAUCAAGAGAUCGUUGGAAGCAAUUCCCAAACUUCAAGUUCGGAAAUUUUGCUAAAUUUCAUCGAAAAAUCACAAAUUGAGACAAAUUCUGAAGAAAUAUUGUCCGAAAAUCCCUCAAAUGAAAUAAAUCAAGAACUUAUCGAGACAAUUGCUGAUAUUCCAUCGAGUAAUUUGGUUCCUAGCCAAGUUAACUCUGAUCCUACUUUAUCGCAAAUUGAUCCAGAAUUCACUUCUACGCCAGAAAAUAUGUUACCUCCAAACAAAAAGCAGAAAAUACAGACAGAAAGUGUUGAAUCUGGAUUUGUUGGAAGCAAAUCUUUGGGAGCUCAGUCAGAAUUUCAUAGUCAACCUGUGAUUUUGAUACAAAUUUCAGCUUCUGACGAAACAUCAAACGACGAAACAAUCAAAAAUAUCGUCAAUCAAGAGCUAAUCGAGACAAUCGCUGAUAUUCCAUCGAGUAAUUCAGAAAAAAUUGAGACAACUCAAGAAGUUUUUAUUUCUCCACAAUUAUUUUCCUCAUCUGCUUCGACCGAAAACGAAUCAACCAGCAAUUCAGCUUUUCAACAACCCGAAAAAUCUCCCGUACUACAAAAAUCCGCUCCAAAACUGCAAUCUAAGCUUCAAAAUUUGAUGAAACAAAUUGAAACUGACAAUCAGAGCAUCCAAACAGUUCAAGACACCAUCACACAAAAUACUGAAAAUUUUUCGCUUGGAUUUUAUACGCAAUCAGAACCACCUGUGCCGCAACCCAAACAAGCCGUUAUUCAUCGUCGUCGUUACCGUCCUCGUCAUUUCGUGAAAGUUACAAUUCCCAUCAUGGCGCAAGAUAUUCCAAAAGUCGAAACCGUUGAUAAAUUUUUGUUCUGCCUUCGUGACCAAUUUUUCGACAAAGUCUUACUUUACGGAAAAUGUUUCCUCGUGAAACAAGUUAAUGAUGAGAAAAAAGCUGUUUAUCUCUUGGAUGACGGAACUGGCAAAGUUAUUGUUCAUUAUCAUCAUCAAUCGAAGAAAAUUCUCGAGGAACAAGAGACACUAAAACGGGUCAAAGCGCAAAUCAAAUCUCUGCCGGCAAGGACAGUUUCAGAUUAUAGAUUGCCCUUACAAGGUUUAGAAGGAUGGAUGGAGAAGACAUUUAAAAAAAAUGAAGAUGUGUUUGAGAAAAAUACGAAAGUCAUGGUUUCUGGACACUUUUUUCACAGCAAAUUCAGCGGGAAAUUGGAAGUUAGUGCCGAGACAAUUUUUGUAGAUAACGGAAAAAGCAGGAGAUUUGAAACGCUGUUUAAAAAGUCAUUGAAUGAUUUUUACGAAAAGCUCAUGAAAAAAUAACUUUUAUUUAAAGAAUUAUAUAGAAAUAAUUAAAAUUUUUGUAAAUUUGUAAAUUUCAUUCAAAAAAAUAAUUAAAUUUUAAAUCUCAAAAAUUGUAAUUAAAAAAUAUA